GUGGUGACCAUGCCGGAGUAUCUGAAGAAGCGGUUUGGGGGGAAGCGGAUACAGAUCUACCUCUCAAUCCUCUCUCUGCUCCUUUACAUCUUUACCAAAAUCUCUGCAGAUAUAUUUUCUGGAGCAAUAUUUAUUAACAUAGCCGUGGGGCUAAAUAUUUAUGUGGCUAUCGUCAUAUUGCUUACUAUCACAGCCCUGUAUACGAUCACAGGAGGACUUGCGGCUGUCAUCUAUACGGACACAUUGCAAACCUUCAUCAUGUUGGUGGGGUCUAUCAUCUUGACAGCAUAUGCAUUUAAUGAAGUAGGAGGAUAUGAGGGUUUCGUGGACAAAUACAUGAAUGCCAUACCAUCUGAGAUAAUGAUCGGAAAUGAGACUGUUCCCGAGAAGUGCUACACUCCCCGACCAGAUUCCUUCCAGAUCUUCCGGGACCCCAUCACUGGUGACAUGCCAUGGCCAGGACUCAUCUUCGGCUUGUCCAUCCUGGCUUUGUGGUACUGGUGCACAGACCAGGUCAUUGUCCAGCGAUGCCUCUCAGGCAAGAACAUGUCCCAUGUCAAAGCCGGCUGCAUCAUGUGUGGCUACAUGAAACUGCUCCCCAUGUUCCUGAUGGUGAUGCCGGGGAUGAUCAGUCGGAUUUUGUACACAGAUCAGGUGGCUUGCGUCGUGCCCGAGAUAUGCAAGGAGGUUUGUGAUACAGAAGUUGGCUGUUCAAACAUUGCUUAUCCAACACUGGUGGUGAAGCUUAUGCCAAAUGGCUUACGAGGCCUGAUGCUGUCUGUCAUGCUGGCCUCUCUGAUGAGCUCCCUCACCUCCAUCUUCAACAGCGCCAGCACACUGUUCACCAUGGAUAUCUACACCAAACUACGAAAGCAAGCGUCAGAAAGAGAGCUCAUGAUAGUAGGCAGGUUGUUCAUCUUAGUUUUGAUUGGUGUCAGCAUUGCCUGGGUCCCUGUGGUGCAGUCAGCUCAAAGCGGGCAGCUCUUUGACUACAUCCAGUCCAUCACCAGCUACCUGGGCCCGCCAAUCGCAGCUGUCUUCUUUCUGGCUAUCUUCUGCAGGAGGGUCAAUGAACAAGGCGCCUUCUGGGGCCUGGUUAUUGGGCUGUUGAUUGGUCUCUCUCGAAUGAUUACCGAGUUUGCCUACGGAACUGGCAGCUGUUUGCAACCCAGCAAUUGCCCGGAUAUCAUAUGUAAAGUUCACUACCUCUACUUCGCCAUUAUCCUUUUUGUCAUCUCGCUCAUCCUCAUUUUGACUGUCUCGCUCUUGACCAAGCCCAUUGAUGAAGUACAUCUCUAUCGUCUUUGCUGGACCCUGCGCAACAGGACGGAGGAACGCAUUGAUCUGGAUGUAGAUGAUACGAUGAAACCCGAGGAGCCUGACCUUGGCGAUGAAACUGAUCUCUCUGUUGCAGUCUCUGACAGACAGGUGAGCUGUUUCAGGAGGGCAUUCAAUUGGUUUUGUGGCUUGGAUGAUCAGAAAGGCCCAAAGCUGAGUAAAGAGGAAGAGGCAGCCCUACAGAUGAAAUUGACCGACACAUCUGAAGACCCCUUCUGGAAGCGUGUGGUCAACAUCAACGGCAUCAUCUUGUUGUGUGUGGCUGUGUUCUGUCAUGGGUAUUUUGCAUAGACAUCUAUGCUCCAGGGUGCUGCUUUUUUUUUUUUAAUGAAGGUCUCACUUGCUCACUGAAAUUGCACUGUGGAACCAUAGUUACGUCCUUAUCAAACCUAUAACUUAUUUGUUUCUACUGAAUUGAUCCAUAUGGCUUAAUCAAUUAAUUGGAAUUCAAACAAUCAGUGGGCUAAAGUGAGACCACAACAGUGAGACCACAGAGUCUCCAGUACCUCAUGAGGACCUAUGUCAUUACAAGCUCCCUCUUCUGAAAGGGAUCAUACCCACCAGGGGUCAUUUCCUGCAGGAGCGCACAGGAACGGAGCUCUAGC